UGGCUUGGCACGAUACCCUUGAGAGCAGCCCUGCAAUCCUCUCUGCUUCUGAGAGGAGAUGCUCGGCAGCCUGCUCCCUCUGUCUGCCUCUUCUCCUUCCUUCUUCCCUUUUUUCCUCGCUGCAAUUUUCUCCAUCUGUAACACAGAUGACAUUUUCCAAAUCUUGCUUCUCUCUCUCUCUCUUGCACUCACACACACACACACACACACACACACACACGUACAGUCACGGCGAGACAUCAGAGAGAGUGUGUGCGAGUGUUAACUGGCCAGAGGAAGCUGACAUGCCGGCGUGGAGCGUAAUCGCUGCUUUUUGACUGUCUGUGUGUGUGUGUGUGUGUGUGUGUGUGUGUGUGUGUGUGUGUUUAUUUCUGUGUGAGUGUGUGUGUAUGUGUGGAGGCUCAGCUGCUCUCAUGUUCGUCUGCCAACACAGCCUCCACUGCUAGCAACAUGUUUCGACGCACAAAAAGUUGCAGAACCAGUAACCGGAAAAGCCUCAUCCUGACCAGUACGUCGCCCACGCUGCCACGGCCGCACUCCCCACUGCCUGGACACAUAGGAAGCAGUCCGUUGGACAGCCCGCGCAACUUCUCACCAAGCGGACCUGCCCACUUCUCCUUCGCAUCUUCUCGAAGGGCUGAUGGUCGUCGAUGGUCUCUGGCCUCUCUGCCCUCCUCAGGAUAUGGAACCAAUACACCCAGUUCAACAUCAUCCAGCUCAUCCCAGGAGCGUCUCCACCAGCUGCCCUUCCAGCCAACCAUGGAUGAGCUGCACUUCCUGUCCAAGCACUUUGGCAGCACGGAGAGCAUCACAGACGACGACGGCGGGCGACGCUCGCCGUACGUCCGCCCUCGAUCCCGAAGCCUCAGCCCGGGGCGCUCUCCUUCCUGCUAUGACAAUGAAAUAGUGAUGAUGAACCAUGUCUACAAGGAGCGCUUCCCCAAGGCCACGGCUCAGAUGGAGGAGAGGCUGGCGGAGUUCAUCCAGAACUACUCCCCAGAGAGCGUCCUGCCACUGGCCGACGGGGUCCUCAGCUUCAUCCACCACCAGAUAGCCGAGCUGUCCAGAGACUGCCUGACCAAAUCCCGCGAGGGGCUCAUUACCAGCGUUUACUUCUGUGAACUGCAGGAAAACCUGGAGAAGCUGCUGCAUGACGCGUACGAGCGCUCGGAGAGUUCAGAGCUCACCUUCGUCAUCGAGCUGGUCAAAAAGCUCUUCAUCAUCAUAUCUCGUCCUGCCAGGCUGCUGGAGUGUUUGGAGUUCAACCCAGAAGAGUUUUACCAUCUGCUGGAAGCGGCCGAGGACCACGCCAAGGAGGGACAACUGAUGAAGGCGGACAUCCCUCGAUACAUCAUCAGUCAGUUGGGGCUGACCAGAGACCCACUGGAGGAAAUCGUGAGCCUGGACAGCUACGACAGCGAGGGUCCACAUACUCCAGAGACCGACGACUCAGCAGAGGGAAAAGGCAGAUCCAUCAAGCCACCCAGUGAAGAGGACUUUCAGAGCAUCAAACUGAUCAGCAAUGGAGCUUAUGGCGCCGUCUACCUGGUGCGCCACAGAGAGACACGUCAGCGUUUUGCUAUGAAGAAGAUCAACAAGCAGAAUCUGAUACUGAGGAACCAGAUCCAGCAGGCGUUCGUGGAGAGAGACAUCCUCACCUUCGCAGAGAACCCCUUCGUCGUCUCCAUGUUCUGCUCCUUUGAGACACGCCGACACCUCUGCAUGGUCAUGGAAUAUGUGGAAGGUGGCGACUGUGCCACUCUGUUGAAGAACAUUGGCGCUCUGCCUGUGGAGCUGGCCAGGAUGUACUUUGCUGAAACUGUUUUAGCGCUGGAGUAUCUGCACAACUACGGUAUCGUCCACAGAGAUCUCAAACCUGACAAUCUCCUGAUCACCUCCAUGGGCCACAUUAAGCUCACAGACUUUGGUUUGUCAAAAAUGGGUCUAAUGAGUCUCACCACCAACCUAUAUGAAGGACACAUUGAGAAAGAUGCCAGAGAGUUUCUGGACAAGCAGGUCUGCGGUACUCCAGAGUACAUCGCUCCAGAGGUGAUUCUUCGUCAAGGUUACGGGAAGCCAGUAGAUUGGUGGGCCAUGGGCAUCAUCCUCUAUGAGUUCUUGGUGGGCUGUGUGCCUUUCUUUGGAGACACUCCUGAGGAGCUUUUUGGACAGGUCAUCACAGAUGAUAUAGUUUGGCCCGAUGGUGACGACGCUUUGCCUGCAGAUGCUCAGGCCCUCAUCUCUGCUCUGCUUCAGACCAACCCUCUUGUGAGGCUGGGUACAGGUGGAGCGUUUGAGGUGAAGCAGCACUCGUUCUUCACUGAGCUGGACUGGAACAGUUUGCUGAGACAGAAGGCAGAGUUCAUCCCUCACCUGGAGUCAGAGGAGGACACCAGCUACUUUGAUACCCGCUCGGAUCGUUAUCACCACAUCAAUAAGUACGACGAGGACGACACCAAUGAUGAUGAGCCGGUGGAGAUCAGACAGUUCUCCUCCUGCUCUCCUCGCUUCAGCAAGGUGUACAGCAGCAUGGAGCAUCUUUCUCAGCUGGAGCAGAAAGCCACGACUUCCGUGUCCCGUCGGGAGCACAAGGGCCCUCGGGAGGACAAGGUGACCAAGAGAGAGAGCCUGGGCAGCUUCAGCAUGAGGGACAAGAGCUGGAGGACGGGCUCGCCUGAGAUGAAACGCCUGUCUUGUUCAGAGUCCCUCUACAUGGAGGGAGAUGCCAGCCCUCCUCUUGGUGCCCGGCGGCGCUUCUCAGCUCUGAUGGAUACGCAUCGUUUUGCCUCACCUCUAGAAGGUGAGCCAGACUUCCUGUCCCGCCAGAACCCCAUGAAGAUCCGUGGAACCUCACUGGACGGGACCUCUGUUCCCUCACCGAGCCUCCUGGAGCAUAGGAGCAGCCUGAAGGAGAUCAACGGAGCAGACAAAUCCCCUCGACCAGGAGAGACACCAGGCAUUACCACAGCCAUCAGCACAUUAUCUCCAGGUCCUGCAGCAGCCGGUCGGGAUGUGAUGACUCCGUUGUAUGACCCUCUGGGGCCUCGAGCCACAAAUGACCUUGUCCUCCGGAGGGCUCGCCACCAGCAUUUGUCUGGUGAUGGAGAGAAACGAAACUCCAGAACGGGCAACAAGGUCAUCAAGUCAGCCUCUGCCACGGCCCUGUCUGUUAUUAUACCAUCAGUGGAGCAGCAUGGUGGCUUCUCUCCACUGGCCAGCCCCAUGUCUCCCCACUCUUUCUCCUCCAACCCCUCGUCGCGUGACUCUUCACCCAGCAGAGACUUUUGCCCGGCAGUCAGUGUGCUGCGCUCGCCCAUCACCAUCCAUCGCUCUGGGAAGAAGUAUGGCUUCACUCUCAGAGCCAUCAGGGUCUACAUCGGAGACAGUGACAUCUACAGUGUACAUCACAUUGUCUGGCAUGUGGAGGACGGAGGUCCCGCCCAGGAAGCUGGCCUGUGUGCCGGUGACCUCAUCACUCAUGUCAACGGGGAGCCAGUUCACGGUCUGGUCCACACUGAAGUGGUGGAGCUCAUCCUCAAGAGUGGCAACAAGGUGACAGUGACGACUACACCUUUUGAGAACACCUCCAUUAAGGUGGGCCCUGCUCGCAAGGCCAGCUACAAGUGUAAGAUGGCCCGUCGACACAAGAGGACAAUGGGCAAAGACAGCCAGGACAGUAAGAAGCGUAGCUCUUUGUUCCGUAAGAUCACCAAACAGUCCAAUCUUCUCCACACCAGCCGCAGCCUGUCCUCUUUGAAUCGCUCUCUGUCCUCCAGUGAGAGUCUUCCUGGCUCUCCGACUCACAGCUUGUCUGCACGAUCCCCAACUCAGGGCUACCGCUCCACCCCCGAUCCGUCAUACCUGGGUGCUUCCUCCCAGAGCAGCUCUCCAGCCUCCAGCACUCCAAACUCUCCCGCUCCCUCCCAGCACAUGAGGCCCAGCUCCCUGCAUGGCCUUUCCCCAAAACUGCACCGCCAGUAUCGCUCUGCUCGGUGUAAAUCUGCCGGUAACAUCCCCCUCUCCCCGCUGGCCCACACGCCCUCACCCACCCAGUCUUCUCCUCCACCUUUGCCGGGCCACACCGUCGGGAGCUCCAACACCACCCAGUCCUUCCCCGCCAAACUCCACUCCUCGCCGCCGGUGGUUCGUCCAAGACCCAAGAGUGCGGAGCCCCCACGAUCGCCUCUUCUCAAGCGGGUGCAGUCGGCAGAGAAACUAGGCUCGCCGCUGACCCAGUCCAGCUCCACGGGAGGGCUGGGAGGUCCGCUGAGGAAACACAGCCUGGAGGUGCAGCACUCUGAGUACCGCAAGGAUGCCUUCCUCUGUGAGCUCGGGCUCCAGAGCCUGCUGGAGACGGAAGGAGAAAAUUUACCUCCUAAUCCUCCACCCCUGCCCUCAUUGUCAUCCACCCCGGAGACUGGUGUGCUGAAGCCUGUUAGGAGACUGGGCAGACAGGAGUCACCCCUGAGCAGGGAAACUCUGCUGGCUGGAAGGGAGAGAGAGGAGAGGGAGAGGGAGAGGGAGAGGGAGAGGGAGAGGGAGAGGGAGAGGGAAAGAGGACGGGAGAGGGAGAAAGAGAGGGAGAUGGAGGCUGGGACAAGUCGAGUAGGAGCAACUGUAUCACAAUCAUCCUUAGCAAGAAAAUCUCAAGCAAGUGAGCUGCCGUUGAACUCGCAAAGCUCGAGACUAAGUGCAGAAACCACUAAAGCUAUCACUCCAAGCACCCCUACCAAAACAACAGGAAGUUUAGGUGGUCAGAAGAGUCAGACAGACAUGCCUCCAAAACAACUAGACCCCAAGGUGGGCAAAAGUGUGCUGUCUAACAAUAAGGAUCUCCAGGAGCAACAGCUAUCUGGCAGACCUGAACCAAAACAGGAAGUAGACAGCAGGAGUAGGUCUGGUUUACCUGUUGCUGCCUUUGGUAAGAGCUCAGCUUCCGCUCCAGAUAAAUCCACUGGCAUCACCACAGCAGCGAUCGGAGGUGCUCUGAGCAUGAGCAAAACCUUUAAACCAUCAGGUAUAGGGGACAGCCUGAGAAAGGCAGACAGCAGUGACUGCAGGACUCCAGACCUCGGCUCCAAAAGCCCCAAACUCCCAACUCGGGUCCUCCCUCCUGUUGUUCCUCCACAUGGUCAGCCGCUCUCACUGGGCAAGGUGAGGCAGGGACUCGGCCCGGUCAACUGCUACCGGGGAACCCUCGACUGGGAGGACAAAUGUCGCCUGGAGGUGGUGGAGGAGCAUUCGCCCUCUCCUUCCCCCUCCCCGACCGCGGUCACCCCCUCCCUCUGUGGACCCUCCCUCUGUAAGUCACGGCCCGUCUCCCCCGGCGACAAGACGAGCUUCGUCAGCCAGCUGACCACUGUGGCCAAAAAUGUCCUUGGUCCAAUCAAGCUGGGCUCUCAGGAGGGGGCCAAGAGCAAAGAGCAGCAGACUAAGGCAGCAGAGGAGAAGCAGGGAGGCACAGCCGGAAAGUCCGACACUCCUGCUGGAGGGCGAGUGGUUGUUGGGGCUGCAGUGGUUACCCAAAGUCCUGCUGGUUCACCGCUAGAUAAAGCUGCAACAGGUAGCAGCCUGCCGAAACUGUGACCCAAUGGGGUCUUUAAGUGGGAUUUUGGUUUAAAAAAAAAGAAAAAUGACCAAAAAAAUGAUGCCUUUUUUUGGAGGAACAAUGCAACAGAAGACAAGCACUUAAAAACAAUGUACAUUCCAGUUUCAGAGUAUAUAAAAUGUUAUUUAUUGAUUCCAAUCAUUGACUGAAUCUAACUUAAAACCAGGAGAAAAAAAUCUACUGUAAAGGUGCAUUAACUGUUGAUUUUCUAUUAUAAAUAAUUUAAUAAGAUGACUCUUAAUGUAACGUGAAACACUUUAUCAGAUGUAUAUGUGUGGGUCUAUGUGAACGCAUGUCAUAUGGUAUGUACUGUACAUGUAUAAUAGGUACAAGAAGGUCAAAAAGUGCUUUACCGAUCAAAACAUGCUGAAUACUGUGAAGACCAAAUCCAGUCACACUAUUUUGUCUCUCAACCAGCCCUUUCUUCUUUUUACUGCUUGUCAACCGGGAGAGUGAAACUGUCAAAUAUUUGCAUCCAGCAACACAAACUCACACACACAGCAUCUGUUUGGCUACAGUGAGGAUGAUUGAGCUCGUUUAUUCAUCAUCCAGCAGUUUACUUUCUUUGAGUGGUCAGACAAAGCCAAAGCAGGCACUCUGUCGGAGGAUGUCACGUCAAGCUCCUGUCCAGCUCAGUCUGCCGCAGCGGGAGUGUGUGCGUUUGUGUGUGUUUUUGUGUGUUUGGACACCCUGGGUCUAUUUUUGAUGGUUCUUGAAGGCUUGUGUCCUGCUGCAGAGGAAAGCGGGAACGACAGAGCUCAGGCUCAGCGCUUAUCUCCCCUUCACAGGAGGGCUACCACAGCCCUUUUUUCCCUCCGCCUCUGACUGCAGCAGCAACACACACACACAGAAAUACUCACAUUGCCACAGGAGGCGACGGUGUCAGCAGCUGAUUUUCAUGCAUUUAAAUUCCUGCUCUCACCAGUCAGGACACAAGUGUGUUUGUGAGCGAGUGAGUUCGGAAGUGUGUGAGCACGUGUGUGUCUUUUAAAGGAGGUCAUUACACUCAUCACGGUUCACUCGGCAAACUUCAUGACAGAAUCCGGGCUGGAUCCAGUAAAAGUUACAGGAUUGUAGGAGCGAGAAGGAAAUCCUCUGCUGCUUGAUCAACAAACUCUGGCACAAUAAAGGUUGCUUAUGUGAGUAUAGUAUGUAGAAGCAUAAGAACAUGUUAGAAGCACAUUCAUGGUGAACCCAGUGUGUUGUUUUCAGCCAAAACAGGAAAAGCAGGCAGUCAUGGAUGUAGCAUACAGAAAUUUAUUUGUUAAAGGGCUCUUUAGCUAAGGUAAAGGUUUGUGCAUACUGAAAUGGAAUAUGUUAUUGUAAAAACAAGGUUAUCUACGGUAUAAUCAGAAAGGAUGUGUAGUUAGGUGCAACAAGUUAGGUAGUCCAGAUUGAUAAUCAUAACAUUUUCCUCACAUUUUGCUGUGUAACAUACAGAUAAAGGUGUUUAGCAACUCAGAAAUGCUCACAGGACAGUUUAUGUUGCCCUCUCAUUGGUCAUAAUCAUUUACUUAUUUCUCAAGACUUAGUAACUCUCCAGAGUACAUAAUCUUAUGCAAAUUAUUUACAGCUGUCUGUGAGGGCUGCUGUCACUGCACCGCUAUUAGUUCCUUUAAGGACUUGGGCCAAAAGAGGGCUAAAAUCAAGAUUUGAUUGUUAAAUGUCAACCUCUGGCAAUGAUUAUUCCGGGUCUAAAUUUAAAGUGACUCAGCCAACAACAGCAUGUAAAUGUGGCAGCGAGGCAGAAGUUCAGAGAUUGACCUCAAAAUGAUUUAUCCAGCUAAACGGUCAAGUUUGUUCUUCAACUUUUGCUCUUGGUCAUUUCAAACUGGGUGUUCAGUGAACAGCUUUGCAAGGGACAGUUGCUUGUUGAUUUCCAUGAGCUGACAGGGUUGUUUCAUCUGCUUAGAGAACCAAAACAAUGAGCUGUAAGUGGCUGAUUUCUGCUGUAGUUACAGCAUAUGAUGAUCCCACAUAACCUGUCAUAAAUAUGAAAACAUGUCCCAUGAGGUACAUGCAUCAGCCAGUGAGUUCUUUCAUUCAAUAUAAUACUCUACUGCCCUCCAGUGGUUCAUAAUAUAUAGUAUUGAGCAUAUUGAACUUUCUGUUUGAGAAUGAGUUUCUUUAUUGAAGCCGAGGCCACUGAUCUACUGCAGAAUGGAUGUUAUUAGCCAUAGGGGUUACUGAAUAUGCAUUUAUGUUUCUAAUGACAAAAUAUUUGCAGUAAUUAUCAAAUGAACACUUGAAAGAUGACUUAUUGUUUUUCUGUUGUGUUCUUCACGUGACUGUUAAUUAUAUCUUUGGGAAUAGGGAUUACAUUUUUAAAUAUACUAUCUUAUAUAUUGUACUGACAGGAAGGAGUCCUUUUAUAUCGUGAUGUAAUAAAGGAGUCUUCAGGUCAGCUCUAACCACCCGAUUCAGAAAACUAACUGUAAUCUCAUACAGCUAUGGUGUACACUUUCAGGCCUUUUCCCGAUCAGUGGUGUCUAUACUAGUGUUACAUGUUUGGAAUUUUCUUUUUUAUUUUAUUUUAUUUGUGAUUGACAGAGAGAAUAGUAGAAAUGCACUUUAUUUGAAAGAAAAAAAUCUUAAUUUGAUGAAAUUGUAAGUUACUAGUAACUAUCCUGUAUACAAAUAUGGAUUCUGCAAAUGAACACAAAAUUCCAAGUAUAAAAACAUUCCACAUUUCUCUGUUCACUGAAAGUGUAUUUAGUUGUACCACUGGGGCAUUUUUGUUUGUGAUAGAUGUGAUUCAAAUGCAGACACCUGAAGUGCAGUAUGUGGAAUAAAAUUCUGAAUUUGUUCCAAAAA